CCGCCUUCUAUUUUGUCAGUGUUAAGUUCCACGCAGGAUGCGAUGGUCAUUAUGGAUUGCAAAGUGUGGUGGUGAAUGCAUUAUUAGCCAAUCAGACGCAUAGCUCGUCGUCUUCCAUCAGUCGACUUGAAGAGCCGGCAAACAUGUCCAUCUUCAUUCAAUCAUUCCCCAAUCUCCAUCAUCCACGAUGACUUGAUAAGGCUCUAUUGGGGCCUCAAUUAUGGCACCCGUAUCGCCCAUUCAAACCACUCGACUCCAGAACGGCGGCAACGACUCGGAGCUCAAAUCACCACGUCUUGACCCCAAUGUCCUCGAUGUGUUCCUUGGGAAUCUACACAUUAAACCAUGGUUUGCGUCCUUUUAUCCCGAAGAACUUGUCGGCCCUAGGACAGAGAAGCUGUUCGUGUGUCCACAUUGCUUCAAAUAUGUGCGGGAGGUGAUGCCUUUCUUAGGGCAUACGGCAAUUUGCGCGAAUGAUCCUUCGAAUCCACCAGGCAGACUUAUCUACGAGAAAGCCCCGUUCACAAUCUACGAAGUUGACGGCGAAGAACACAAGCUAUAUACGCAGAACCUUUCGUUGUUUGCGAAGCUGUUCCUGGAGACCAAAUCGGUAUUCUACGACGUCACAACCUUCCUUUACUACGUUCUCGUCUACGCCGAUCCGACCCAGAAGCAAGCGACGCCGCAAGUGGUCGGAUUCUUCAGCAAGGAGAAAAUGAGCUGGGAUAACAAUAAUCUGGCGUGUAUUCUGGUCUUCCCUCCGUGGCAGAAGAAGGGGUUUGGACAGAUCUUGAUGGGCGCGAGCUAUGAGCUCAGUAAGCGGGAAGGGCGACUCGGAGGGCCCGAGAAGCCGCUUUCCGAACUCGGUCGUAAAGGCUACAUUUCCUUUUGGUCGGCCACAAUUGCACGGCUCCUCCUCUCACAGCCGGUGAAGAAGACUCUGACGGUUCGCGAGAUCCGCGACGAGACGUAUAUCCUCCCCGAGGAUAUCAUGACGACGUUGAAAGAGAUGAAGGUGCUAGAUCGGAGAAAGAAGGGACAGGCCAGUCUAGCCAUCAAUAAGGCGGAAUUAAGAGUUUGGGCAGAGAAGAUGAGGGUCUCGAUGGUGCCUCCUAUCGACCCGGGGGCGUUUAUAUUAGAAGAUGAGGAAGAGGCCGUGGAGGAGGAUGAAGAAAUGGAGGUCGAUGAUUAGAUGCCAUGUUUUUAUGAUACCCUAGGAGUUCGCAUAUGAAUAUCCUUCCGAAGUCUUGCUAGGCUAGAAUAGGACAUUACACUGCCAAAGGCCUAUGCUAGGACGGAUAGGCGACACUGCUCUCAUGGUCUAAGUUGAAGCGACAAUUCUCCAAGUCCAAAUCUACAACCAUCCUAGUCACGCGGUUAGUAUUGUGAGUCAGAUUGGGAGUAAGCCCGCAGCGAAAUAUAAUCCAGUGCCGUUCGCAUUCUUCUACCUUUUUCCUCCUAAGGACAGACUUUUAACUCGUAUCCACAUGAUUUCCUA